AUGCUCUGUGUGGGUAUUUUUGUGGGACUGGUGUUAGAAUCCUGGUCUUUACCUGUGCAGAACUCCUCAUUGGUUCAUCAGACAAGGCUGAGGUCAAAGAGAGACUAUCCAGAGCAUUAUGUGAAACCAGAAGACAUGAAUGCCAUGGACAGGAUCCUCGGAGUCAAUCAACGUAUGUGUGUGUCCAGAGAUUUUCCUUUAAGAGAGGGUGACAUCCUGAGUUCCGGAUCCCACGGUGCACAUGUCACAUGUUUAGCAGAUCCUUGCCGCUGGCCCAGAUCUGUUGACGGUUUUGUGUAUGUACCGUACAUCAUCUCCCCACUAUAUGAGGAUAUGGAUAGAAUCACCAUAGAAACAGGAAUGUUGGACAUUUCCUCUGCAACGUGUGUGAAGUUUGUGCCUCGCACACAUGAAGCAAACUUCCUUAAUAUCGAGUCUAGAACUGGCUGCUGGUCAUAUCUGGGAAUGAUAGGAGGCAGUCAGGCCUUGUCUUUGCAGUCUCCGGGCUGUAUGUGGUCAGGAGUGGCAGCACACGAGCUAAUGCAUGCUCUGGGAUUUGAACACGAACAGUCUCGCUCUGAUCGUGACUACCACAUCUCCAUCCUGUGGGAAAACAUCCUUGAGGAUCAAAGGGACAACUUUAGGAAGUAUGAGACGAGAAACCUCAAUACUGCAUAUGACUAUAGUUCUGUCAUGCACUAUGGGAGGUAUGCCUUCUCAGAGGAUGGUGAACCCACCAUCAUCCCUAAACCAGACCCCUACAUUCCCAUGGGACAGCGAGAUGGACCGAGUAUUACGGAUAUUCACAAAAUAAACAUCAUGUAUAACUGUGGUGGCCGUGUUUGA